AUGGCUAACAACGUAUUGGACCCUUCAGCACUUGUUGGAAUUCUUCUUAACUUGCUGCCACUGACAAACAAGACCUUGGCAUCUCCUCAUGAUGGUUUGGCAGCGCUUGUUCACACAGCCUUUUCUGCACUUUCGUUUCGUUUGAUUGCAACGGAUGAUACAUCUUCCGCGAAGGAGCACUCUAAUAACGUCCUUCCUGAUGAUUGGAACACCAAAGGACUGGUAGAUCGUACCUUCCGUUACAGGCAUGACCAAAGCGGUCUUGAGUUUGUUGUGAAGGUCAUCAAGCUUGGUCAGCGUACAUUGAUCAGUGCAAUUGCUGUCGAAAAUGACAAGUCUGUGUCUCUGGAUGUUGCAACAAACGACUUUGUCUCACCGUCGUUUUACCCCUAUGACGCAGCCAAGUCGGACGCCCCGCCGCUGGUCCAUGGCUUCAUUUCGUCCAACCGUAUCACGGAUUUCAUAUCUCAGCUCAAGCUCAAAAUAAUACAGAAACUUAUUCCGGGACUGCGCAAAGAAGGAUAUAUCGAAGAAACUGAGGAUUCAUCCAGUAAUGCUGGACCUGCUCCCCGUGCCGAGAAUCCCCCUCCUGCCCGUCCACGACCAGACUCGCCACCUUAUCCAGAUGACCCAUACCACUUACCGCCUGGUUUGCGACCCCGUAAUCCGCUGGAGAUCGGUCGUCGAGACCUUGAUCCCUUUGGUGGUAUCAAUCCUUUCCAGCCUCCUUCACUAUUCCCCGGCAAUGGAGGAGACGGGAUGUUUGUUGGUCCAGAUCACCCGAUAUUUGGAAUGAGAGGUAACCGGGGACAGGAGAUGCGAGGGCCAUGGGGUGGAGACGGCUAUCUCCCUCCUAUGGGUGCCCCACCAGGCGCUCGUUUUGAUCCAAUAGGACCAAAUCCUGGCCCCUUCAACCCAAGUUUCAACGGGAGACCCCGACGUGGACCUCCAGGAAGUGGGAACUCGAGAGAUCCUGAUAAUGACGAGUUUAUGCCCCCUGGAGCCGGAGAUAUGUUCAUGUGA